AGUGGCCUUAUAGAAACGCGUUAAGCUCGCAACGAGCACACAAAGUGGAUUGUUGCGCACCUGUGCAGGUGAGCUCCGGACUACUCCAGGAUGUAAAGAACAAACUAUGAACCCGGGGCACGAUGCCAUACCAGAACAGCGUGACGUCCUUCACCUCUCGCGAGGUGUUGGACAUACUCCACCACCCCGACUGGUCGAGGGUGAUCCGAGAACCUCCCGUCAAGCCCAGGGCGGGGGAGGUGUUUCUUUUCCACUACAAGGAUGACAGCAGGAAAGAUGACUGGAGAUGUGAUCAGUAUCACUUUCAACAUGAUGGCAUACGUAAGCAACCCAGAGCUGAUCCUAAAUUUUACAAAAACUUCUUCGUACUGAGAACCAAUCGAGGCAAGGACAAACGAUUCAGGAAACAUGCUUACGUUUUGAUGCGAGACCACAAUAACCUGGUCCUGUUUCAAUAUCUCGGAAAUGAAAGUGUUGCUGUGGAUCUUCCUCAUGGUAAUUCAAAGGAUGCCUCCAAUUUAUAUACACGUCUCUGUCCUUCGGUCAUCCAGGCUAUAAAGGACAUCACCAUCAAACCAAGAGACAUUCUACAACACCUGCAAGAUCAGGCACAGACGUCUGCUGUUUCUAAGGUAAAGACACCUCGAUCAUUGUCCCAGAUCAGCAACACCAGGUGUCGGGAGAAGGGGAGACCCAAGAAAGUUAAGGAAAAAAGGAGAAAGAAGAAGAAGAAGAGAGUUUGUCAAGAGGUGGAACAAGACAACCCUACUGCCGCUUCAAAUAAUCUCACUCAGGAACAUCUAGUUUCUUCAAACCAUGGCACUGAAGGUGACAUUCCUCCGGCAACAGAUGUCAUGUCUCCACAAUCCAGAUUAAAUGAACUUGCCGAACUGUGUGAAACAAUUUACCAAGAAAACAUGGCAGGGCAACCUAACAGAGUGGAUAGUUGUGAUGAUAGGAUGUGCAUCAAUGAGGGAAAUGUUUCAGGGACUGAGAGUCAAACAUGUAGCUCUAUGCAGUCUGCACAGUCAAACACAGGCCAUGUGUACUCUGGCAGCACUCAACAGUCGUCUCAGGAUCCAGCAACAACUUCGGUGAUGGAAAUUGAAAACGCUGACUGUGUUUUACCAGCGAAUAAUGUAAACAUUGAUGUGCCAAACCUUAGUAAUGUGGUUGAAAUGGAAGCACCACAGAAUAUUUGUCUGAUCAUUCAAGAUGGCGGCGUAUCCUCAUCCGGUACAGUGGAAUGUGAUGGUGUCACAGAUUCUGUUGAAAGACAAACACUUGAUAACAUUGCUGAAACAGGUGUGAUGGACGUAGAUGUGCAUGCCAGUGGUUCUAACGGUGAUACUCUUCAACCACUAAAAGUCAGUUCUGUAGCUGAAACCACACAUGGCUCCAUGGAGUGCUUCUUUGAAACUCAAAACACUGGGCAGCUGACUGAUGUCAUUGCACUGAUGAAAGAAACCUUGAAGACGGAAGUGGAGUUUGAAAACAAGGAGUUAACCUCUUUGUCAAGCUCAGAAUCUGCAUGUUCUCAAACUUUACCUGUAAUAUACAUUGGCAAGUCAACCUCACAAGACAAAACACCCCUACCAGAAACAGCUGUUUCUCUCAUUGCACAAGUAUCCAGGCUGUGGGCGAGAGUCUUUCAAGGGGCACGACAGUUAAUACUCAAAUCAGAUUCCCCAGGAAGAGACACCCUAAAUAAUGUUUCACUGAUUGAAGCGCUGGCAGCAGUUGUUGUUGGCGCCUAUGAAACCAAAUCUGAUUGUUUAGCAUUUCUGGAGACCUUGAAGGUUUAUCCAUGUCAUCUGCUUAGGACAUGGAUUGAAAAGAGAGCUACAGACGUUAAUCCUGAUGCUCGGUACCGGAUUGGUAACUACACAAUCUCUGGACGUGACAUCCUGAGAUUAGAGGGCACAUCCUGGCUUGAUGAUAGUGUCAUCCAUGCGUAUCUGUACCUCGUCCAGAAGCAACACAGUGAUGCCAGGACACGGGAUGUCAGGAUAAUGGAAUGUUUCCACUAUAAACUCUGGGAAAGGCAACACUACUCUGAGUGGUUGCAGGAAAAGAUUCAGCUCAGGAAGUGCGACCUGGUGCUGAUGCCCAUCUGUAUAAACAGUCACUGGGUCUUGUUGGUAGCCAAUGUACUGGAUAGAACAGUGUGUGUCAUUAAUUCUAAGCCUUCAAAGGAUCUAGAAACGGAAGUUACUCAGCACUGGAUGAAGUAUAUGGAGUACCGGAGUCAGGCGGUAGAAGAAGAACUCAGGUCGUGGAAGCUGGUGCAGCGCCCAGUAUUCCCACAGACUGAUGGCAGCAGCUGUGGAGUGUUCGUUCUCAUGGCGGCAGAGGCUCUUGCUGCAGGAGUGGCGCCAGGCGUGAUGAGGAACUGCCAUGUGGCGGGGUACCGACAGUAUGUGAAACAGAGACUGAUGUUAGCUGCGGAGACGACACGCGCGGUGGAGGCCCCUGCUGGGGCUGCAGGUGAGAACGCAGACCCUGAGAUGCUGAUGGGAGUCUCCCAGGCAGAGGACCAAGCACAGACAUCGACUGAUGUGUCAGGCAGGGAGCCACCUGAGAUGCUGAUGGGAGUCUCCCAGGCAGAGGACCAAGCACAGACAUCGACUGAUGUGUCAGGCAGGGAGCCUCCUAUCAUGGAUUGUGAAAUGAAUGAAGAUGAAAAUGUGAAAUCUUCAGAAGAAAUGCCAUGUGUUUCAUUAUCUAGAGGUCAGAAUGUAGAUCCUUCAGUGGGUGAACUUGAUCAUGCUCCUUUAGAUGCCACUGGACUUGACAAGGUAGGGAAAACUGAAGACAGGAACGUGAGUGUUGACAGUAGUAUCCAAAGUGUUGAUGAAACUGAGGCAGGAGAGGAAGAUAUGAAGGUCGUAACAGCAGACAAUAAUGCACAGGAUCAGUCAGGGCCCAUGGAAUUGGGAACUUACGUUGAUGAUUCAACCAUGUCUUGCGAACACCCACUUGACCAUGUUCCACUACAGUCACAGUGUGAGGCAUUAUUUGAAAAUCAGAAGUCAAACUUUACAGCUCUAACACUACUUUGUUUGGAGAAAGGAAAACUGAUGUUGUCAGACUUGGAUGGUCCAGCUGAAGACUGUUCUCUACAGAUGCACAUGAAGUGGGCAUGUCAGUUGACCAGGACAGAUGAAAUGAGUGGGGAGCAGUUCAGACAGUGCUUGUAUAGCCUGAGUGGAUCCUUACUCAGACCUCAGGGUUCAGUAGUACAGCUCAGGCAUGAACAAACACAAUCUCAUAUAGAAGAAAUCCUCAUGACUACUGCAGUUGAAUACAUCAAUGAUGUAGAUCUCCUGUUUAUCUACAGACAUGUUAAGGUGCAGGGUAGCAGGGAUUCUUUGAGCAAUGGUAAAGGACUCACCCUUUACCUAGAUAAGAACAGACAGAAGGAUUUGGGGCUACGCUUCGUAGGGGAGAUAGAAAAACGCAACUUUGCUUUUACUUUGACUCAUCAAGCCUGUGGAAAGCAUACUUUUGCCUCAAUGCUGAUUAGAAUGUGUACUGCCACAGGAAAUGUGAAAGAACUUUUUAAGAUAUGUGAUAAAAUUCAUGGUGGUAACUUCUUAAGCUGGAUGUGUUUUGGAAAAAAUGCUGAAUUAUACAAAGUGCUGUCGAGCUACAUACCAGAGGAGGAGAGGAAAGAAUGUGUCAUACCUUGUUGUGUGAGUGGCAAUUCAGAAAUACUGCAACUGCUCCUAGAGGACAUGGAACUGGAUGGACUGCUGUCCUCGACACCCAGGUUACAAGUAGUCCAUGGUAUUGACAGUUGUCAGGGGCAACCAGAGUCUCUCCCAUCUCACCAUCUUCCGCCACUGCAUCUCGCCUCCUACUACGGACACACAGAUAUUGUUCAGCUGCUCCUCCAGUAUGGAUAUGAUGUGAAUCUCCAGCUGCAACCUCAGGGUGAUGAGGCAGGACAAGUUGCUGCGCGAUCCACACCAGCUGCCGUAGCAGCACAGAGAGGACAUACAGGAGUACUGAAGUGUCUGAUGGAAAGCAAUGCUGAUCUCAAUCUUGUCGACUGCAAAUUAAACACUCCCCUACACUUAGCUUGUGAAGCAGGCCAUGGAGGUAUUGUUUUGAUACUAGCAAAUGUGUGUAAAAUCUGUUCCCGGAAUAAAAAUGGAAACACACCUGUCCAUCUAGCCUGCCAAGAGGGAAGGGCAGAUGUUGUGGAUAUUCUACUUAAUAGAAAUGCCGAUCUCACAAUGCUAAAUUUUAACAACUGUUCGCCAAUAGAUGUUGUAUGUAGCAAUGGUUAUUCCAGUGUUUUACAGUUGCUGCUUAAUAGAAUAUCCUAUCCAUUGCCGUGUGAUGGUUACAAAACUCCUUUACAUACAGCAUGCAAGAAUGGAUACCCAGAGAUUGUGAACAUACUGCUGCAACAUGAUGCUGGUAGAUCAGUUUGUGCUGACAGAAACACACCUCUUGAAAUGGCUGUGGGAAAUAACCGUACAAACAUUGUCAGUGCCUUGCUCAGGUCAGGAACAAACAAUAAUAUCAAUACACAAAUAUUUAAUUCAGCCUCUAAGGAGGGUCAUACAGAUAUUGUCAAACUGCUGAUAGAGAAAGGGGCUGAUGUGUCUGCUGCUGGUUGUGGUGACACACCUCUGUUAUGUGCCUGUAGGGGGGGUCAUACUGACAUUGUCAAACUGUUGAUAGAGAAAGGGGCUGAUGUAUCUGCUGCUGCUGCUGCUGGUUACACACCUCUGUCAUGUGCCUGUAGGGGGGGUCAUACUGACAUUGUCAAACUGCUGAUAGAGAAAGGGGCUGAUGUGUCUGCUGCCUUUAAUUAUGAUGAUGAUGAUGAUGAUGAUGAUGAUGGUUACACACCUCUGUCAUGGGCCUGUAAGAAUGGUCAUACUGAUAUUGUCAAACUGCUGAUAGAGAAAGGGGCUGAUGUGUCUGCUGCUGGUUGUGGUGACACACCUCUGUUAUGUGCCUGUAGGGGGGGUCAUACUGACAUUGUCAAACUGCUGAUAGAGAAAGGAGCUGAUGUGUCUGCUGCUGAUGAUGAUGGUGACACACCUCUGCCAUGUGCCUGUAGGGAGGGUCAUACUGACAUUGUCAAACUGCUGAUAGAGAAAGGAGCUGAUGUGUCUGCUGCUGAUGAUGAUGGUGACACACCUCUGCCAUGUGCCUGUAUGAUGGGUCAUACUGACAUUGUCAAACUGCUGAUAGAGAAAGGGGCUGAUGUGUCUGCUGCCUUUAAUUAUGAUGAUGAUGAUGAUGAUGAUGAUGGUUACACACCUCUGUCAUGGGCCUGUAAGAAUGGUCAUACUGAUAUUGUCAAACUGCUGAUAGAGAAAGGGGCUGAUGUGUCUGCUGCUGGUUGUGGUGACACACCUCUGUUAUGUGCCUGUAGGGGGGGUCAUACUGACAUUGUCAAACUGUUGAUAGAGAAAGGGGCUGAUGUAUCUGCUGCUGCUGCUGCUGGUUACACACCUCUGUCAUGUGCCUGUAGGGGGGGUCAUACUGACAUUGUCAAACUGCUGAUAGAGAAAGGGGCUGAUGUGUCUGCUGCCUUUAAUUAUGAUGAUGAUGAUGAUGAUGAUGAUGAUGGUUACACACCUCUGUCAUGGGCCUGUAAGAAUGGUCAUACUGAUAUUGUCAAACUGCUGAUAGAGAAAGGGGCUGAUGUGUAUGCUGCUGCUGAUGAUGGUGACACACCUCUGUCAUGUGCCUGUAGGGGGGGUCAUACUGACAUUGUCAAACUGCUGAUAGAGAAAGGAGCUGAUGUGUAUGCUGCUGGUGGACGUGGUGGUGACACACCUCUGUCAUGUGCCUGUAGGGGGGGUCAUAAUGACAUUGUUAAACUGCUGAUAGAGAAAGGAGCUGAUGUGUCUGCUGGUGGUGGACGUGGUGGUGACACACCUCUGUCAUGUGCCUGUAGGGGGGGUCAUACUGACAUUGUUAAACUGCUGAUAGAGAAAGGAGCUGAUGUAUCUGCUGGUGGUGGACGUGGUGGUGACACACCUCUGUCAUGUGCCUGUAGGGGGGGUCAUACUGACAUUGUCAAACUGCUGAUAGAGAAAGGAGCUGAUGUAUCUGCUGGUGGUGGACGUGGUGGUGACACACCUCUGUCAUGGGCCUGUUGGGGGUGUCAUACUGACAUUGUUAAACUGCUGAUAGAGAAAGGAGCUGAUGUAUCUGCUGGUGGUGGACGUGGUGGUGACACACCUCUGUCAUGUGCCUGUAGGGGGGGUCAUACUGACAUUGUUAAACUGCUGAUAGAGAAAGGAGCUGAUGUAUCUGCUGGUGGUGGACGUGGUGGUGACACACCUCUGUCAUGUGCCUGUAGGGGGUGUCAUACUGACAUUGUUAAACUGCUGAUAGAGAAAGGAGCUGAUGUAUCUGCUGCUGCUGAUUAUGGUGACACACCUCUGUCAUGUGCCUGUAGGGGGGGUCAUACUGAUAUUGUCAAACUGCUGAUAGAGAAAGGGGCUGAUGUAUCUGCUGCUGCUGGUUAUGGUGACACACCUCAGUCAUGUGCCUGUAGUGAGGGUCAUACUGAUACUGUCAAACUGCUGAUAGAGAAAGGGGCUGAUGUAUCUGCUGCUGCUGAUUAUGGUGACACACCUCUGUCAUGGGCCUGUAGGGGGGGUCAUACUGACAUUGUCAAACUGCUGAUAGAGAAAGGAGCUGAUGUGUCUGCUGCUGCUGCUGCUGGUUACACACCUCUGUUAUGGGCCUGUAGGGGGGGUCAUACUGAUAUUGUCAAACUUUUUAAUGAUAGGUUAAACAUAUCUCUAGGUUGUUUUCACUCUAUUUUGAAGAAAGUGAGUACCGAAGGUAAGAGAGAAGUUGCAUCUGUGGUGCUGAAAGAAGUGUUGUCUAGACACUAUUGCCCCACAUUGAAUGAGUGGUGUUCCUAUUCUGAUUAUCUAGAUAUAGUGAAAGACAUAUGCGAUAAAUCUGAUGUGGAAACUUUCCCAGGCAUGCUAAUUACGUCUUUACUGGAGAAAGCCGUUGCCAAUGGUGAUGCAUGUGGUGUUGAGUUGCUUACUGAAUACAUGACAGGAGUGGUCUCCAAUUAUUGCCUGUUGAGUCUGAUGUUGAAAGCUAUAGAAAAUCGUCACAUUGCAGUGUUUCAGAUAUUGCAUAGCAUCCCACAUGUUCAUGAUUCCUGUGAUAACUUAGUACAAAAAGCAUGUCAUUAUGGAUUGGUACAAGUCUGUAAUGUCCUGCUAAGAUGUGGCUGUACUCACUCUGGAACAUGUCUGACUGAAGCACUCAAAGUGAAAAAUGUUGUUCUUGUAGAGUUGCUACUUAGCCACGGUGUAGAUGUGAAUGCACGUGAUGAUGAUGGCAACACAUCACUGCACUUGGCAUGUGAAGUAGGGGAGUGGAGCUUAGUUGAGAUAUUUAUUGCCAAAGGUAUUGAUGUAUCACAAACCAACAAACGAUUGGAAACACCUUUAUUUACUGCAUGUCGUUAUGGAUAUGUCAACAUUGCCAAACUGCUGUUAAGCCAUGGUGCAGAUAUAACUAAACAAGAUAUCAUUGGAAACACGGUUCUACACUCUGUGUCUAUGCCUGGUCAUGAGGUAUUACUUCAGCUGUCUCUACAUUAUAUUUGGAUGAAAACAGACAAUGGAUAUCAUGAUCAAGAACAAGAACGCUUUCUUAAUUGUAAGUGUGUUCGUGAUAUUCUUCAUUGUCGAAAUAAUAAUGGAGAAACACCUCUUCAUAUUGCAUGUAGAGAAAAAUGUACAGGAGUUUUAAAAUCACUGCUUCAGUACAAGGCUUCGGUAUUUGUUACUGAUAAUGAUGGACACACACCUGUCUAUCAUGCAGUGAAGCUGAAAACAUUAUUCCGAGUUCUUUGUACAGUGACACGUGACAUAAAUGGGAUGGAUUCAGAUGGAAAUACUAUUCUGCAUAUGGCAUGUAUGAAGGGUGAUGUGGAAAGUGUAGAUAUACUUUGUGGAAGAGGAGCAAGUGUGCUGGCUUGCAAUAAGAACCAGGAGUGUGCACUUCAUAAAUCAGCCGAGAAUGGAAAUGAAGACAUCAUGAACAUUCUUUUAGCACAGCAAGCUGAUGUAAAUAUGACUGACACAGACAAGCAGACACCGCUCCAUAUUGCAUGUGCUGAGGGUCAUUUGAAAAUAGUUGAACUUUUGGUUAAAAGUAAAGUGGAUGUAAAUGUGCCUGAUAAACAUUUACUGGUUCCCCUGCAUCUUGCUUGUAGAGAUGGACAAAGAAACAUUGCUGACGCUUUGAUAAAGUCAUCAGCGGACAUUGCACCAUGUUCUGAGAAGCGUGACACACCACUUUCAUAUGCUUGUGAAGGAGGGCAUAUUGGCUGUGUCGCACUCCUGUUGCAGAAUGGAGCUUGUGCCAAUGUAGCAGGAUACCGUGGCAAUACUCCAUUACAUAAAGCAUGUGUUGGGGGUCACGAACAUGUUGUGAGAUUAUUGCUUUCUUGUGGAGCUGAUCCAAUGAAAGAAAAUAACAAUGGGAAGCUUCCAUUACACCAUGCCGUUCUGUGGGGCAACCUUGCUAUUGUCAACAUUUUACUACACAAAGCAAAACAAUAUCUUGAUAAAACCGAUAACAUUGUGUCAUUGCUUGAAUGGGCAUGUUCAAGAAAGCAUGACCUAGUGAAGAAGUAUACAGAUUUUCUCUCUGUCAAUUCUAUGUCAUCUCCUUCUAUGGUUUCUACUGUCAUCAAUGCAAAGCACUCUGAACUUCUACCUGUACUCGCAGAUAAUGGGUUGAAUACCAAACUGAAAGAUGAAUUAGGAAGGAAUGCAUUGCAGAUAUUAUGUGAAAUGGAAGAUUGUGAUAUGGACACAUUAAAGACAGUUUUAGAUUUAGAGUUUGAUUUAUCAGAGACAACAGAACAAGGAGGAACAAUGCUUCAUAAAACCGAUAACAUUGUGUCAUUGCUUAAACGGGCAUGUUCAAGAGGUCAUGAUGAAAUAGUGAAGAGGUUGAUAGAUUUUAUCCCUGACAAUUCUAUGUCAUCUCCUUCUAUGGUUUCUCUUGUUGCAACUGCCAUCAGUGCAAAGCACUCUGAACUUCUACCUGUACUAGCAGAUAAUGGGUUGAAUAUCAAACUGAAAGAUGAAUUUGGAAGGAAUGCAUUGCAGAUAUUAUGUGAAAUGGAAGAUUGUGAAACAGACACUUUAGAGAAAGUUUCAGAUUUAGGAUUUGAUUUAUUGGAGACAACAGAACAAGGAGGAACAAUGCUUCAUGUUGUAAGCAAAGUAGGGAAUAUUGAACUAGUGGAUUACUUGAUUGGAAAAGGAAUACAUGUCCAGGCUAAGGACAAAGGGGGAGAUACAGCUCUCCAUGCAGCAUGUGCACAUGGACACUUUGAAAUGGCUAAGGGGCUGAUCAAGAAGGGACUUAGUAUCAAUGAAAAGAACAUGAGAGCUAUGAGUCCACUUGACCUUGCUAUAGUUAGUAAGCACUAUGGAGUGACAUGCUUGUAUGACCUCUGGUGUGAAAUAUCAAAAAGUCGUCCAAGAAUAAGUAUGACAUCUCUCCAUCAUAUUUGCCGGGACAACAAAAUACAGUUACUUUCAAACUCUGAGGUUAUGUUUGCUGAAAAAGACAGUGAUGGAAAUUCUGCUCUUCAUAUUGCCUGCAUUGAAGAAUCAGAAGAGAUAGUUCAGCCACUGAUAAAAGCUGGAGCCUGGUUGCUUGUGGUGGAUACUCAUGGAGAUGCACCAGUCCAUGUGGCUUGCCGUGGGUCAUCGCCUUGUCUUAAAGCUAUGAUGGAUGCAAUUCUGAACAGAGACGUUUUAGCCCAGGUUUUAUCGCUGCGUGACAAAAAUGGAAAUGUUCCACUUCACAUUGUAACAUUCGAACAGAAUCUACAAAAAGUGUGUAUUCUUUUGGAUAAACAUGUUGAUGUUGAAAUAGUCAACAACUUUGAUCAAACUGCUCUGCACAUUGCAUGCUAUGGUGGAAAUGCCGACAUAGUUGCACAACUCUUAGGAGCUGGAGCUAGUAUUUUAGCUGUUGAUAAAGGUGGUAAUACCCCUCUUCAUAUUGUAUGCAAGGAGGGCAACCUACCAUUGUUAAUGCUCAUAAACAACUCAGAUGCAGCGAUCACUGCAAAGAAUUAUGAAGGAAGAACGCCUCUCCAUGAAGCAGUCAAUCAUGAACACUAUGACAUGACCUGUUACAUGAUGAUAGCAUACUGUCACUUUCCUACCAGGGACCUGUCUGUGCUGCGUCUUCAGCAGUUUAUCAAACAGAUUGGCGGUGAAGACUUUAUAAGACUGAUCAUGGCUGAAAAGAUUGAUGUUGAUCCAUAUGGUAAUACUCCCCUUCACUUCGCAGCUGAAACUGGGAGCUUAGAUUUUGUAAAUACCUUGAUCAGAAGAGGGUACAACUGUGAUUCCAGAAAUAGGCAAGGAAGGACACCAUUGUUUCAUGCAUGUUCAAGUGGAAGUACAAACAUUGCAAAACUGAUUUUGCAACGAGGAUCAUCUUCAAGUGUGAGUGAUUCUAACAAUAUGACACCUUUGCAUACAGCUAGUGAGAGGGGACACGUGGAUGUCGUGAAACUCCUGCUAGAAUAUGACCAUAAUCUCCAGGCUAAAACCAACGAGGGACAAACAGCACUUCAUUUGUCAUGUCUGGCAGGACAAAAAGAUGUCACUGAAGUUUUGUUGAAGGCUGGCUCAGAUAUGAAUGCAUUAGAUAAUGGUUUAGAAACACCUUUGCAUCUGGCUGCAAGAUCAGGUGCAGGUGAUGUCAUGGUUCUCCAGGCCAAGUGGGGAGCAAGGGACACACAGUGCAAUGUUCAUGGUAAUACUGCUCUUCAUAUAGCAUGUGGUGAGGGACAUGCUGAUGCCGUCAAGGCACUUCUCAACAUGGGGAGUGAUAUCCUAGCAACAAACAAACUGGAAAAGACCCCACUUAUGCUGGCCUGUGAACGACAACAUGGGUCUAUUUUGGAGUUAUUGCUUCGCAGAUCAUGGGUGCAAAUACAAGUUCAGUGUUUACAGGACAAGAACCAGGGUGACUUACGGAAGAAAAUGUACGUCAACAAUCUAAAUCACUGUCUUUGUGUGGCUUGCAAGUACAACUACCUCAACACAGUGAAGGUAUUACUCAAGUAUGAUGUUAAUAUUAAUCAUGGAAGCAACAUAACUAGAGACAUGCCAGAGGGCAGUUGCACAAGUCGUACUGACAGAGGCCAGAUGGAGACAGAGAGUGGGGGUCAGCUACAGACUCCUUUACACAUCUCCUGCUAUGAAGGACAUGCCGAGUGUGUUGCUCUUCUGAUACAAGCCAGGGCACUGCUGGAAGCUCGAAUUGCCAGUGGAGACACCCCCCUGCAUGUGGCAUGUGAACAAGGAAAAGAAGGUCCUUUGGAGUUGUUGAUAGCGAAUGGGGCCUCGCCAUCACCUGUGAAUGCCAAUAACAGUACACCGCUACACUAUGCAUGUCAAGGAGGUUAUGAAGGUAUAGUGUGGAGACUGUUGGAGGCAGGAGCAGAUCUUGACAUCAGAGAUGUCCAUGGGAAAUCCCCGCUGGAGGUGUGUAGCAGCCAAGGGGUGAAAGACGUCAUCCUUAAAAGGUGUGGAAGAAAAAGAAGACAGGAAAGCUGCCAGGAAGCUGAGGCCACCCCACACAAGCUACCAAGAAUAUAAUCCGGAUUCUGUCCUGUUCAUGAGAAGACAAUGCAUGUGCAGCUCUCUUUCUUUCUUGUCUGCUGACACCAACCCAGCAGAGAGUCUGAUUGAUCUAAACUCUGUUGUUCCUGGUACAUGAUCUAUUCAGGCAAUAAGUGUACCAUUUACAUCAAAUGUGACUGCUUAUAUGCAGCCUGAUACUUUGAUAUUUUCAAUGUAUAUAUAUGUAUAGAGGAAACAUGUAACUUUGAGUUUAGAUAUACAAUUGUACAAUACAGUUUGUUCCGUCCAUGUUACAGGUACAUAUGUAGUUUGUGUUCCGAAUGUGAAGUAUCAUGUCAUGUACCCAAUAUCUGUAGAUAUCUACUCAGUAUAACUUUUUAUCAUAUAAUGGGUAGGUUUCUCGGCAGGAUAAAGCCAAUGGAUAAAAACGAUAUCCAUUGGGGUCAUAUGCGGAUAGAAAUGCAAAUAUCAAAGGUCAAGUAGGGACUACU